AUGAGUCCAACAGCGACCACAAACGGCACGGUUGACUCAGACACCAAAAACCACAACAUCGCUCCUCCUACCGUCAAAUAUGGCGAUGUUCACAUAUCGUUCGACAAACUCCGACAGGCACAUAGCAUCACGUACCCACCCCGACCGCGUCUCGAGGUUCCGGAAUAUGCUCCAAGUGCAAGCCCCGGUGAGGUGGUGGAAGGGUUGAAGCGUGUCGGCGGAGUCAUUGUCAGGGGCAUUCUAUCUCAAGAAGCCAUAGCACAGAUGGAGAUUGACAUGCGUCCUUACCUGGAGGCCGACGUUCCUUGGACAGCGAGCAACGACUUCUUCCCACCCUCCACACGGCGUGCUUUUGGAUUGAUUGGGAAGUCUCGAACGGCCGCCCUUGAACUGAUCGGCAACGACCUCUACCAGGCGGUGUGCGAACAGUUUCUGACCAGCAAAGCAUACGCGUGGUAUGGCGACCGGAACGAAGUCGGCGUCUCGCCGCCGCAGGUCAACAACACGAUCGUAUUUUCCGUCCGCCCGGGGGACUCGUUUGACCAGCCGCUCCAUCGUGACGAUGACAUACACUAUGCCAACCGUCUGCGUGUGAACAAGUAUCCGGAGCCUCCCAACUCGAGAGAGUACGGCAUCGGCUUUUUCGUCGCGGGCACCAAAACGACCAAGGCCAACGGAGCCACCAGGUUUAUUCCUGGCAGUCAUCUGGAGGACACGACACAGCCACCAGACGAGAAGGACGCGGUAUAUGCCGAACUCAACCCUGGAGACGGCUUCAUCAUGCUCUCCAGCUGUUACCACGGUGGCAGCAAGAAUACGACCACGGAUGAGGAGCGACUGGUAUUCAGCUGUUUCAUGACCAGAGGAUACCUGCGUCAAGAGGAGAAUCAAUACCUUUGCGUUCCUUUGGACGUAGCGAGGAGUCUGCCGUUGAGGAUUCAGAAACUCAUGGGGUACGCUGUGAGCGAGCCAAUGCUGGGAUGGGUCGACUUUCGAGACCCUCGCGUCGUGCUGGAUCCCAAGGCCGGAAGAGUUGGUCACAAAUAUUGA